AUGAGCCAAGUUCUCGAUCUUUUACGGGCAGCUUCUGCAGGCAAAGACACCCCCACGCUAUCUGUCUCUAACAUUGCCAAACAGUGGGUUUCAUCGUGUACCGAGACGUACUUUGGUCCAUUUCACGAUCGAUGGCCUCUUAUCCACGCUCCUCUAUUUGAUGAGACAGAAGACGACUUAUUCAUCGUUUCUACCGUUGUCAUGAUCGGAUCAAUCUUGCGUCAUGAAGAUUCGGACGUUCGCGAUUUAGCCCUAGAGGUUCACAGUCAUUUACAUGACUACUGCAUGAAAUCUCUUAUUGCACCGCAAGACGAGGAUCUAAAGAACUCUAUCUGGCCUUAUGAGACUUAUCAGCUAGCUCUCCUCAAUGUCAUCGCAGCACUGGAAUUUGGGAAACCAAGCGCUAUUAGGAAUGCAAACAGACUUCUAAGUUCCAUCACAAUAUCUAUGCGAGAGAAUAACAUAUUUAGUGCUAAAUCUGUCGAACUUCAUCAAUCUAAGCAUUUCCCUGGAACUUUUAGCCCUUGGAUAUACAUGGGGCGUGACCGAUGGAGAUGGCAAGCCUCGGUUAUUCUUCAACUAGAUGCGUACAUGUCGCUAUUUACCUCCCACCCUCCGUUUCUGCGGCUCAAGGAGCUUGAUCUCGGUUUGCUCGCCACAUACACUCUUCGUAACUCACACGGACUCGAUCUGUUUUUCCAACGCGUACCUUAUGAGCCAAAGGACAGGCAACAGAUAAAAAUCUCAGCUGUGGCACAAACCCCACGGGGACUACCCACCUCAGGAGCCUUGGUAGAAGAUAUCCAAACAGGCUUGUCCGGGGUUGUAACAAGGCUUUGGGUGUGGAGGCAAAACGUGCAACUUUCAUCCAACCCCUCACCUGCCGAGGUUGGAGAGAGAGUUCAAAUUGAAAAUGAGCUCAACGAGUGGGAAAGUAAGAUAUGCCAACUAUUUGAGUUAUUGCAAGCCCCGGAGACCAACCCACAGGGAGUUUCGUUCCUCCUCCACGCCUAUACUGGUAACGAGGAUCCAGCAAAAGACGGCUGGGAAAGACCAGUUGUGGCCAGAAUAUCUGAUCUUUUAUUCGACAUCUCCAUGCUUUAUUACUGUAUCAGUCUACAUCUCUUUGCUGCUGAAGUUCCACUCAUACACCAUGUCAGCGCCAGUUCAGCGGAAGAUGAAGACACGCGGACUCUUUUCCUACAUUGGACGUCUUCAAAUUCGGCGAGGCAAGCUAUAUGUUUUGCCGUGCGGGCGCUCCAAACAUGCGAGAGGACUUUUUCACAGAAUCCCCAGACCAGCUUGGUCCUCAACCCGAUGACGAAGCUUUGUUUAACUACUGCAUGCGUCAUAUUCCACGCCUGGGUCACGGGUCCUCAUCGCACUUGCACAUGCCACCUCGGCCAAGGCGCCACUUUGCCAAACGUCGACCUCAAUGACCAAGAGGCUCGCCAGCAAUGGAUUUUGAUGGGAGGUUCAAUAUCGGUGGAAGGUACCUCGUUAUGUAGUUGUGCAUCUAGCGUAUGGAUGGCUCGAUUUACUUCAGUUUUGGCCCGUGAUCCGCGCAUUUGGGAAUUCGGUAUUGAAGCAUUGCAUAAGAUAGGUUCAUAA